AUGGGGGCUCAAGCCCACGGGCCAGGCGGGAGGGCCGGGCAGGCGGGCCUGAUGCCCAACAAGGCAGCGAUGGCAGAGGUGAAGCCUGGGCCGCAUCAGAGUCUCAGCUCCACCCCACUGUCCCGGGGAGCUGUCCCGGGGGAUGUGAGGGCUCAGUCUCCCUCAGUGGAGAGAGAUCGUAGGGACCCAAGAGGUGAGCGGGCCGGGGGCGUCCGCGGCUGGGCUGUGCCGGCCUCCAGGAGGCGGGGCCUGGCUGCACAGGACCCCACACCCCUUCCCGAGCCCCCGAUUCUGCGGCUCUGUCGGGAGAAUGGGCCCAGCGGCCUUGGGAAAGGGCUCCCCCUGCUGGUGACGGGUGACCCGCGCGAGGGGCUCUGGCGGUGGGCGGAGGGGGCGCUGCAGCCCCACCCCCACGCCCUGAUCCGGAUCCUGCGAGUCCCAGGGCCCGACCGGGACCUCGGAAGCCCGGUACCAGUAGCCCGGGAGUUUCAGGCUCCCCUGAGCAAGAGAAGGCCAAGCCCUGGAGAGAUGACCACGCGGGGCUCCCGGGAGCUAAUCCUAGUGUGGCUGCUGGUGCUAGCUGCUGCGGGCAGCACGGACCAUGCCUACCGGCCUGGACGAAGGGUGUGUGCAGUCAGGGCUCCGGGGGCUGCAGUGGUCUUCGAGUCCUUUGUGCAACGAGUUUACCAGCCCUUCCUGACCACCUGUGAUGGGCACCGAGCCUGCAGCACCUACCGCACCAUCUACAAAACCGCCUACCGCCGCAACCCUGGGCAGGCCCCGGCCAGACCACGCUACGCCUGUUGUCCUGGCUGGAAGACGACCAGCAGGCUCCCCAUGACCUGUGGGGCAGCAGUGUGCCAGCCACCUUGUCAGAACGGAGGAAGCUGCGUCCAGCCAGGCCGGUGCCACUGCCCUGCUGGGUGGCAAGGGAAUACCUGCCAGACAGAUGUGGACGAGUGUGGCUCUGGACGGGGGAGCUGUCCCCAGCACUGUGUUAACACUGUGGGCAGCUACCAGUGCCGUUGUCCUGAGGGGCACCAGUCAUCUGCCGACGGGACACUCUGCCUGCCCAUGGGAGGGCCCCCCACUGCGCCCCCCAGUCCUGGGCCAGGAGUGGACAGUCAGGUGGACCAGGAAGUGCUGAGCUUGCGGUCCAGGGUGGCUAUGCUGGAGCAGAAGCUGCAGUUGGUGCUGGCUCCCCUACACAGCCUGGCUUCCAGGGCCCUACAGCUUGGCCUCCCAGAUCCCGGCAGCCUCCUGGCCCAUUCGUUCCGGCAGCUUGAACGCAUCGAUUCCCUGAGUGAGCAAAUCUCUUUCUUGGAGGAGCAGCUGGGGGCCUGCUCCUGUAAGAAGGAACUGUGA